CACGGGGCUGUCAACCGCGUAGCUAACAUAACCUAUAAAAUACCGAAUCCAAACAAUAAAAAAUAUAUGUGUAUAAAUAGAUUGUCCUUCAAUUGGUCGAUGGAUCGAACCAUGUUUUAAAUUGGAGACUACUUUAAAUCAUUUCAAUUUGUGUCUAUCAUUGAAAGGGGAAUCAAUAAAACGUUAACCAUCGUGAUUUUAUAAUGUUUUACGUGAACUAAGUGUUUUAAAUGUGAUAUUUCUAUUGAAAAUGAUAUAAUAUUAAAUAAUAUUUCGAUGUGUUUAUUGUAUUUGAGAUAAAAAGCAUUAAAAAAGUGUUAUUUUGAAUGCCGGGAAUUCAACAGCUGUUACAGAUUCGGACAAGUCAAGAAAACAAUCACGUCUUAGGAAAGUCGAAAGCCUUAGCAUAAUUUAAAUUACAUAUAUAUUAGUUCAAACAAAAGUUCCUCGCAAUCUCACAUAAUAAACGUAAUAAAAGACUGAUAAUAAUAGUUAAUGUCACAAGUAAUUUAAAACUUAUUAAAUCGAACGAAGUGAAUUGGGGACCAAUACCGACAUAAAAGUGAUUAAAAUAGAUUAUAGGAACCAAGUGUCUUAUUGCAACAAUAAGACUUAAGCGGCGGUAGAUAACGUUUGUGAUAAAAUUAAUAUUAUCGAGGAUUUCAAAGUUUUACAAAUGACAGCUAAGACUGAUAACGUAGCAAAUGGGAUCCGUAAUCCAUCGGAGCCGAUCAGUUCGAAGCUGUUCCUCUCAGAAGAGGACCCGGUGAAGCAUGACGUGUCCGGGAGUGUUAUGGACGGUCUUAUAAUGGAGGUGAAGGAUUCUUACACGGUGUUCAGGACUCGAUGGGUGAUGUUGGCAUUAUUCGUGCUGUACUCAUCAUCGAAUUCCCUGCAGUGGACUCAGUUUACGAUAAUAUCGGAUAUUAUAGUGAGGUACUAUGGUGUUACGAGCAAUGUUGUGUCUUGGACUUCAAUGGUGUACAUGUUAACGUACGUGCCCCUGAUAUUUCCAGCUAGUUGGCUGCUGGAUAAAACGGGUCUUCGAAUAACGACUAUCAUCGGGUCAUUUGGAACAUGUGCGGGCGCAUGGCUGAAGGUGUUCUCGGUGCCGCAGGAUCUGUUCUGGCUUGGCUUCACUGGACAGACAGUGGUGGCCAUAUCACAGGUCUUUAUCCUGAACGUGCCACCGCGCUUGGCAGCGGUCUGGUUCGGAGCUGAUCAAGUAUCAUCAGCCUGCAGUAUUGGUGUUUUUGGUAACCAGCUUGGCGUAGCUCUUGGGUUUUUGCUGCCUCCGAUGAUAGUACGAGCGCAGGGUACUGUGGAAGAGAUCGGCGCAGACCUACAAUUCAUGUUCUACCUUGUGGCCGGAAUCACAAGCGUACUUUUUGUUUUUAUUCUCCUAUUCUUCAAAGCGGCUCCACCGAGUCCACCGUCAGCUGCUGCUGAUUUCGGUUCAAGUUUAGACUCGAACUUCCUCAAGUCGAUUCAGAAACUGCUCACCAACCGGAACUACAUCCUGCUACUUAUCUCUUACGGCCUCAACGUCGGAGUCUUCUACGCGAUCUCGACACUUCUCAACGAACUCGUUCUUACCUACUAUCCGGGUGCAAACGAAGAUGCGGGUCGUAUCGGUCUAGUGAUAGUGGUGGCUGGAAUGAUUGGCUCAGUGGUCUGCGGUCUCAUCCUCGACAAGACCCACCGGUUCAAGGAGACCACGCUCGUCGUAUACGCCGCGUCGGUGGUAGGAAUGAUCAUCUUUACCUUUACCUUGGACUGCGGGUACAUCGCUGUUGUUUACUUCAGCAGUAUCAUUCUUGGAUUCUUCAUGGCCGGCUACUUGCCCGUCGGUUUCGAGUUCGCCUCCGAAGUCACCUAUCCGGAACCCGAAGGGACCACCUCCGGUAUUCUCAACGCUUGCGUUCAGAUAUUCGGCAUAGUGCUGACGCUGCUGUUCGAGUGGAUGCUGGGCGCGGCGGGCGACCGCUGGGCCAACCUGGCGCUGUGCGCGCUGCUGGCGCUCGGCACGGCCGUCACGGCCGCCAUCCGCCCCGACCUGCGCCGCCAGGCCGCGCAGAACAAGGCCUAGGCCGUGGCCUUCGAGUUUUGUCUCUUUCGUGUAACUUCUACAUACCAAAUACUUGUGUCGAAUGAUUCGAAGGUGCCGAUUCGAAUCGAAGUUUGACGGGAACAGAAAAUUUACUAUCAUUUUAUUAAAAUCGGGUACUAAUUAAAGAUGAAGCUGCAUCGAAAAUUAGUUUCGCGAAAUACGAUUAAUCGGUUCAAAUUAUAAAUGUGGGUAGGGUAUUAUUUUACAUAACAUUAUUUAAAAAACGAAUGCAAGCAAACGAAUGUGAGUUUGGCUAUUUAUAUAUUAUUGUAGAUAAAUUAAAAAGUUUUUGAAAUUACAAUUUUUAAUAUUUUUUUCGAAAAUAAUAAGAAGAUGAAUAUAUUAACAAUAUUAUAUAUAAAAUAUAUUUCAUAUUAUGCUUAUAGUCCGAUAAAUAUUAAUUACAUUCGAAGAAAAUUUAGUUCCAUAACCGCCACCACCACGUAAAAAAAGUCUUGAAACAGGGCGCCCACAAUGCAUGCGAACUAAAUAUCGUAAUGGUUAAAUAUAAAGAUAUUACUAUUCUACGAAUAACGAAAACUAAUCUCGACAACACGGGGUUGUAACUAAAUAAUGUUUAUUAUACACGCAUUGAAUCAUUACGUUUUCAAAAUGUAAUAAUUCAAUAGUUUUACUUGGUUUUACAUUUAUUUCAAAAAUAUCAAUGACCCGGUAAAAACAGUAACAUUUUUUAUAAAAUUGUAUUUACAAGUGUUUAUGUGUGCCUUUUAAUUUUUGUAAUCUUUAAACAUAACCGAAAUUUUUAACAAAAAUUUACAAUUACAUUCAAAAUGGCAGCUACAUCGUAAUGGUGAAUCUUGGGCGCCAUUUUAAAUUAAUGCUACUAUUGUAGUUAGUCCCGUAAACGUAUAUUUUACAGAAAUGAAAAUUCUCAACAAAGUUUAUGCAAGUUAAAUUAUACAUUACUAUAUGAAUCGCUUAUCAAAAGACCGGCGAAUAAAACUGAGAUUUUUUUUUUAUAGUAAACCUUAUAUUACUUACAAAAUAGUUGGCGAUUUAAUUUGUUAGUUCAUAGAAUAUGUCUUUAUUUGUCUCCAUAAAUAUUCCUUUAUUGUUCAUAAACAAAUAUAUAUACAGAUUAAAAAAUCGUUAACUUAUGUUUAUGUUUAGGAUAUUUUUAAUAUUAUAAAAGUUUUAUUUGCGUUAGUAUAUAUAAUUGUAACUUAUAUUAAGCUUUUAUCGAUAUGUAGCCUAAAAAUACAAAUAAUUUACAACGUAUAUAUUAAAAAUAACUGCAUAUUUUAAACAAAUAUACAUAUACAUUAUAUAUUAGAUGUUUUUGUAGGAAUUUUACCAAGUAAAGGCCUAGAUUCGAUAGUAAAUAAAAAACUUUUAAAUCCUUUAAAUACGUGAGAUGUUCUGUAAAAUGUGACAAUAAUUGUGUGACUACAACAAAUGGGUACUAAUUACCUUACAUUCCAAGGUAUAGGCUGUAGGAUUCCUGUGUGAUAGAAUAGAUAUUUUUCGUAUAGAAUUUGUGAAAGGCGUUUUGUGUUUUGACAAAAAUAUUUAAUACAUAUUCGUAUUUUAGCCGAUUUGAAAUUUGAAAUUGAUAAGUAAAUCGUAUUUUUAUGAAUUAUAAAAUAAAUAAUGCUGGCUACACAAACUUUGAUCCCAAAUAGGUUUAAUUAUUAGUAUUAAGUUUUUUUUUAAUAAGGCUAGUAACAUUUAUUAGAGCCUACAUGUUCAUGGUAUGACAAUGCUUCUUAUAUGUAUGACAAUAUUAAAAAAGUGAUAUACAUGUUGAUAUAAAUCCAAUAAAAAUUGUAGUUUCUAGAUAUGCAUUACCAUUGCUUAAUGUGUAAUUAAGAUAAUUAUUGUACUUUUUUUUUUUCACUGUAAAAUUAUUGUAUGUUUUUUUUUUUGUUACAAUUUACAUUUUUUUUCUGUUAGCAAAGGCUUGUGAUUUAGUACUAUAUGAAAUUACAAAAUUUGCUGUGAGUUUUAAUAUGAACCAGUAUUAUUAUAUUUAUUGCGUGUUUUGUUAGUUGAUAAGUUUUUUUGUGUACACGAUAUUUUGUUUCAAACGGUAUUAUGGUUGUGUUAACAUGAAUAUUUGCAAAUUAAUCAUAAAUGUGAAACUUACUUUAUUAUUAAUAUGUAAUUAACUUUUUUUCAGACGCAAAUAGCACGAUUUUGCUGUAGGAUAUUUCUUGUCUGUGGUAUUUAAGCAAAAUUCACUAUUUUGUAUUUUGUGUGUAAAAUGUGUAAUAAUAGAAAUUCUAACUGAAAGUCAAUCUUUUCAAAAUAAAAAUUUAAAUUAAAUAUUUGGCCUGUUUAUACUUUAAUGAGUAUUUGUAUCAAAAUCGUAAAAUUAAAUUACGUCUUUUAUUAUUCAAAAAAAAUUAAAUGAAAAAUGCAAUAAUAAUAAAAAUUGUAAUAUUUUAAAUAAUAUGGACAUUGUAUUAAUGAAGAUGGACUUACCGCUUUAAGACAAUAACGUAAUGUAUGUUCGUAAUUAUUAAUACUGUAUUUUAAAAGUAUCGAAUACAAUGUUUUGAGAGUUUAAGAACUACCAACAUUUAAAGCUACAAUUAUUAUCCAUGCCUAUUUAAAAAAUCGAUAUUAGUAGUAGUAUUUAAGAACUCUGUUAAAUAAAGUUGUUUAAUAAAUGUUGAUGUGUACAAUUCA